GCAGCGCUGUUGGCGUCGCGCCUCGGACGGGCCCAGUCCUGGCCGACGGACCGAUUUGCACCGCCCGGCGGGGCCUCACGCGCGCGCUGCCGGCCGCGACCGCGUAUUGAAGGGAGACCGGAGGCCUCAGCGCCCAGGAGCAAGGGGCAGCCCCAGACCGCUGCCCGGCGCGGCGCCCGCGGCGCACGACCAUGCAGAUCUUCGUCGAGGACCUCGAUGGCCGCACGCGGACGCUCGACGUCGCAGCCGACGCGACCGCCGCCGACAUCUGUGGAGGCGGCAGGCUCCUCCACAACGGUACCUACAUAACUGGAAGUCUGAGAGACGCCAACGUCCAGAAGGACGCGACACUCCACGUAGUAGCAUGUCUGCGCGGCGGCGUCGAGCGGGAAUACAACUCGAGCGACGAGGACAGCGUCACGACCGACAGCGACGAAGGAAAAGAGGACGACGAGGACUCGUCCGACUACUCGAGCAGCGACGACGAGACGACGCUGCCCCAGGUCACGACGCUGGAAAGCGUGUUGGCGAUGAUUCCUUUUACUCCGGACUGGUGCGAAGCCGCGUCAAAGUUCAACUGUGCUUCAAUUUGAGGUUUGUUGGGGUCUGGGUGAGGUGCUCCUCUCUGGAUACGGUCGCGUGCAUCGCUCGGAGGUCCCACUCGUCGAUGUCCACGCAGGUGGGAGGCGCGCGCCGCGAACGAGGCGUUGCAUAAUCGCCGGAAGAUGGUCGCCGAGACGAAUCGGGCCAAACAUUUGGUGAAGCUCUGCGAGGCGGGCAUGCACGCCGACGCGCUGCGCGAGCAGCUCCAUGAUUCAGCACAAGAUUUCACGGAUUUUAACCACGUGCGUGACGCGGCGUCUGUUUCUGAAGUUUUCUGAACUUCAAGUUCGCGUCGAUGGCGUCGACGCAAUACCACGUCGCCGUGGCGCCGUCGACGUGGCCGCAUGAGAGUCUACGCGACUCGGGAGCCGCGGCCGUGUCGCGACGCUGUCGUUCGACGCAGGUCAAAGAUGCCAUGAUACAACAUGAGCAGUGGGUCUGGAAGCCGCCGCGCUCCAUGAUCAAGUCCGCCGAAGCGAGUGGUGCCGACAAGUCCAAAUUGGAAAGUUCCGCAGUCCUCAGGAAAGUGCAACGCGACUUCCGGCUGAUGACGCUCGACCGGCCCGGCGAGAAGCCCAUGCACCUCCAAGAUUGGCCACAAGUCCUAAAGAAGGAACGGAGGCACGCGCAGUACAUGGCCGAGCUGCUCGGGAAAGAAGUGGCCCCGGAAAAGCAGCUCGAGGAGAUGCGGCGCGCGCUCCGCGUCUUGAUGUGACUCGUAUCUCACCCACGACGCCGGGGGUGGUUUCUUUUUUGAUUUCGAGCGACCGCGAUGCUCGGCGCAUGACGUGGUCGCCGUGAUCACACGAGAGUCUACGCGUCGCGAGAGGGAGCUACGGCGGUUUCGCGGCGGUUUCACGCUCUCGCGACACGCAGGCGGAAGAUGCGCGAAGAAGCGAAGGAGGCUAUAAGGUGCCAGUGGACGCACACGGACGAGGCCACAGGCAAGAAGUACCUCUGUUCCAACGAGCGCUUCGUCCACCCGUGGCGGCGGGUCGUCGACCGCUUCGGCGUGAGUGUCCUCGAGGAGUUCAGCUGUUGCGCGUCGGUCUCGGCGUCCCGCGGUGCCUUCACUUCAUUAAUACGACUCGUGUCCAUCUCACUUCCAUGAGAGUGGUUUCUUUUUUGCUGAAGAGGCCGUUCGGACCGAACCGCGAUGCUCCGCGCAGGUGGCACAUGUCGUACUGCGCCGGCGACCACGGGAUCCGGCCGCGAUCUAUCGCCGUGCCCAACGAUUUAGCUCUUUGUACGGCGUGUUACGUGCGCGAGACGCACGUGCCGCCCGAGGUCCUCACUCGAUUAAAAACACCAGGAGUCAUUGUCAGCCACAAGAAGAAAGCUCAACAUGCCAAGACGAAGUGGGAGAUCGAAGCGGAUGAGCGGAAGCGCAUUGUGGAAAAAGUGGAACGGGAGUGCAUCGAGCGGAGAGCCAAGUUAACCACCAGCAGUGUGUGUACGUGGUGCCCCGACAAGUCCGUGCCGCGCGAGCGGGGCCUCAUGUGCGAGAAUUUAGUACAAAUCAGUCCCGUGACGGGCGAGCCCCUCGAGACGUGCCCCUGGCAUAGAACUACGUGUUGCAUGCCGCACGAGACGGAGGCGCUGACUCGGCGUGAAAAAUGAACUUGAACUUGCGACUGCUCGUCACCGUGACGCCAUCGACAGUGUCGCGACGGCGUCCGUUCCGCGCAGGCUUCCGCGUCGAUUGCCGUGCCCAACGGUGAUGGAUUAUGUGUGUCGCAUUACGUGGCCAAGUACGGAAGGCCUCCCGUCGACGUGGGCUGGCCCCUGCCCGGUUCGGAGUUGCUCAGCAAGGUGAUGGCCGCACUGGCGGAAAGCAACGCGGCGAGACACAUUUUUUGUCCUUCGGACAACUACAUCGAGUACGACAACGGCAAGCAGUUCGAGGAUCCCGUGAAAUACGCAUGAUCUCGGCGUCCCGCGGUGCUGCGGUGCCUUCACGCCGUCGACGCGACGCGAGCUUCGUCUCGCGACGGUGUCCGUGCCACACAGGUCCCGCCCCAAAAGGAGGACUGGCUCACGCGGAAGAUGAACGCGCCGUUUGAGAAAGGUGAGUCAGUGUUGAACUUCAACUUCUCAACUUGAAGUUGCGUCGACGGCGUCGACGCGACGCGAUGCCACCGUGACGCCGUCGACGCGGCCUUCCGACCGCUCUCGCGUCGCGGAAACGCCCACGGCGUCGGUGCCACGCAGGUCAAGAGAAGAAGCGCUACGCGCAGUGGAAGAAGAUCGGCACGAUCCAAGCGUUCUGCCGCGCGCACAUCUCGCGGAACGUGGCCUACCGAAGGAAAUUACUCAGAAGAUGUAGGGAGCGCGUCGCGGCCGUCACGUGCCUCCAGGCGGUCUGCAAGUCGUUCACGCAGCGCGUCGUGGCUACCAGAACUGCCAAGAAGCGUGUUUCUGCUAUUGAGUUGAUCCAACGGAUUUUGAGGGGUGUCGUCUUUCGAAGGAGAGCUCGUCGUAAAAGGAACGCCCUCCGCCUGAACAAAGCGGGCCACGUUUUGCGGGAGAACAUGCAGCGCCAAACCAUAAACACGUUGCAGUAUCAGAGGCGGGAGGCGUGGCGCGAGCGACGAGCUAGAGAGAUCGUGAAUCGGGUGAUGCUCGGGUGUAUCGGUCGCUUCAAGGCCGCUGCUGCCAGAAGGCUCUUCAGGGAGAGAGAGAAAGCUAGUACGGGCCUCGCGAAGAUCAUCCGCGCUAAACUGUCGCGGGAGGCUGUGGAGCGGCUGCGACGACAAAGAGCCAGGGAGGUCCAAAAAGCUACCUUGUGCCAGGCGCUGUUCCGCGCGUUAAUUUGUCGGCGGAUCAUGCGCAAGAAAAUUGCGAGGCGACGGAAAUGCGCCAAUGAUAUCCAGCGAGCGUGGCGAGGCUAUGGCGGGAGGACGCGCGGCUUUGCGAAGCGAAAGAUAGUUGAGGAGUGCUGGCGCAUGGUCGGUUCCGUCUCGCCCGAGAGGAAGCGCGACCUCGAGGCGUUGCUGCCAAAGGCGUCGUACCGCGUCACUUCAGAUGACGUAGAGUCCGUCACGACGAUCACAACAAGUAAGUCGUGGCAGCGGCCGGAGACGUGGUUCACCGAUCAAGAUAAAGUACAUUUUCUACCUUAUGAUGAUCUGGAAUUGGGAAACUGCUCGAAGUUCGAGUUCCGGAAGGCCCUCAACGCGUUGUGGCAGGCGAAAGGUUUACCAAUACUCCCGUCGGAGGUCGAGGGCUGGGCGUCGAUGUUCGACAAGAAGCGCAACGGCGUCGUCUGCUGGUGCCGACGCGGCGUCUGUCGUCGCCUUCACGCCGUCGACGCGACUCGUGGCCAUCGCACGAUGACCUGGGUGGUUUCUUUUUCGAAUUCGAGGCCGUUCGGACCGCGUCGAGGGACCGCGAUGCUCCGCGCAUGACGUGGUCGCCGCGAUGGCGUCGAGGCGAUGCCGCGUCGCCUCGACGCCGUCGACGCGGCCGCACCGCGUCUCGUGAGUGCACAGAGGCCGUGUCGCGACGGCGUCGGUGCCACGCAGGCGCGACUUCCUCGACUUCGCUAGGAUGUCCUACAGACCCUGUUCUUUACACCGGAGGAUCGUCUGCUCGUUGUGUGUGUCGAGGGGCCCGUGCAUGAGGAAAGGCUGCGAGUGCGACUGCUAUGCCAGUAAGGAGGGCGUGCGCGACUUGAUUUGUAAGCAUUGCGGCCACACGCCCAUGACCCAUUUGUUGGUGCCUACUUGUUGCGUCGAGGCGGACGUGCACGGGCCCGUCACGCGACAGUUGCUGCGGGACAUCUUUCAUAACAGAUCAGAUAAGCCUACAAAGCCAAAAUUGGAACUGGGGCCGCUCAUCUCCCAAGUGGUGGGGGAGCAGGCUUCAUCGCAAGUGGUCAUGGAGUCGCCAACGCGACCCUCGAGCCGCUCGCGCCUCAUCCCUGAAGACGACGCGUCUCGGAGCAUCGACGCGCCGUUCGAGCAAACGUACGCAGAUCCAGAGCCCGUGAAUGAUGACGUCUGCAUCGCAAGACCAGCUAAACGACUUCUGGACCCGAACCGAAGGAGUGGCCACGUCCCUGCAGCCGAGCUGCAAGCUUUGGCGCUGGUCCAAAAACAAGAAAGCCCGGGCCGGCACCACCUGGAGUCCAUAGCAGUGGCCAAGGAAGAGGAGGAAGCGUUGUGGCAGGAACACUUCGCGGGCAAGCUCCAGUCCCAAAAUGAACUGAGGAAGGGCUUUCACCUGACGCGGCCGAUUCCCAUGAUUCUGGACGGCGAAUUGAGAAUUAGUACGGACCCCACGGAAGUGUAUCUGGAGCUGCUGGAUCGGUUCGGCAAGGAAGAUUUGAAUUUGCGGGAGCAUGAGGACACGGGCUUCGUGUCGCUCUGUUUUAGGAACGACGUCUUCCUCGAGCGGCACUGGAAGAAAAUUCUGAGGGAUGUUAGAUAUGGUGCGCUCGCGGCGUCCCACGCCGUCGACGCGACUCGUGGCCAUCGCACGAUGCCGGGGGUGGUCUCUUUUUCGAGUUUGAGGCCGUUCGCACGCAGGGCGCGCUGAACCGCCACCUCGACCUGAGUAAGGAGCGGCGCCACGAGCUCACGCAACGAUUGUACGCGAAGCCGAAGCACGCUUCCCAACUCGAGGAAGCCUUUCGCAGAUUAGGAUUCCACGCGCGCUCCGCCGAACGGAGUGGCGCGUCCGCCAAGGCGAUCCAGGACGAACCUUCAGUAGAUACAAAGUCGAAGAACGCCUCCAUGCGGUGGGACCAAGCUAUAUCAUCAGCUCUCGAGGACCCGAGCAAAGCGAGAGCGGCGGAAAAACCCGUCGCCGAGAUUCCGGAAGAGCGGCCGCAGACCAGUCGUUCUGUCCCGGACGAUUUUAAGGAGGAGGACCGCGGCGCGACCAGUCGUAGCGUGCGCUUCGCUGGUUCAUUGAAGAGCAGGGACUCGCGGUCGCGGUACUCCUCGCUGUCGUCUCGUGAUAGUUCCUACUACGAGGACAUGUCGGAGCCGACCUCUAGAGCCUCGUCUUCCAACAUGGGCCGGUCCGGUACUACUAGACCUUCUGUCGGUGUGGAAUAUCGCAUCUUAGAAAGGAGGAACUCCGAGUCGGACAUGAGGGUGGAUACGCCCCAGUCAGAUGUGCACAAACUAGCUCACGACAUCGCGACGGCGCGCGCGACGGCAACUCAAGAGUUCGAGCCCAUAAGGCAAGACCGGCGCAUGCGGCCCUGGCUCUGUCCCCACCCCGGUUGUGGCGCCGUCUUCUCCACGAAGGAGGCUGCAGUACAACAUGCGAAGAGGGAGCAUUUAGGGAGAAGGAGAUUGGCCGUCGCGACGCCCGAACAAGACCAGUUCUUUAGGAGGGUCUGGCCGGACGAGAAGAUGAUCUGGGAGCGAGGCGAGAUAGCUAAAAAAGAUAGGGAGAAGUGUUUAUUUCAGUGCCCGAUCUGCUUCCAGCCGUGCGUGACGCGACGAUCUGAAACGGCACCUGAAGGUCGGCCAUUCGAAGCGCGAGGUGAAGAAGAUCUACGUGGAGUUGAAGCUGGCGGUGCUGACUCAGCGUCUUCAUUGAACUUGAACUUGACGUGGUCGUGUCGAUGGCGUCAAUGCGACGCAAAUGCCACCGUGGCGCCGUCGACGUGGCCGUCAGAGACCGUCGUUCCACACAGGCCAAGGCCGACGCCAUGGAGGCCGGCAAGGGCAAGGGCCUCGCCGACGUGAAAGGGAAAGCGCAGCUGACACCACCCUUUCCCCCACCUAAAAGAGCUCCUCUCGCUGUCUGUCUCAAGCACAAGCGGGAGCGCUUCCGGUGCUGGGAUUGUGGUUGUGCUAGACGGAUGAAAGGUCCGGUCGCACCGAUGAAGUUCUACCCUGAAGUGGUGGUCAAGGCUCCGUCGGCCACCGUGCCUGGCGAGCGGCCCGUGAUCACGGACAUGACCUUUGCGGUGCAAAGUGAAAGGUGUCCCUACACUAUGGGUGAGAAGGGCGAGCGGCGGCCGUGCCAGUUGAUUGCUACUUGCAGAGAUGAAGAAUGCAAUGUGUGGAUUUGCGUGGCCUACUUCUUAGACGCGGAAGGUGUGAAGGCUCUGAAAGGGGUCACGCAUAGACUAUUUGACCACGAGCGGGAGCUCUAUGAAGACUCGCGAGUGACGUGGUUGCGCGCGGAGAAGCUCGCGGGCUACUGCUACGUGUUGAACGUCGACAAAAAAGCGUUCUACGAGCGGAAGCGGUCGCACUUACUGCCGAACCACCCCCGCGACUACGUCUACUUCGCUUCACGAAUAUUUGAUUUUGAGAAGCUGAAGCCGGGUCCCCAGCGCCAGUUGAAUAGCGAGGUCUCCGCGAAGGAACUAGGAUUGACGCAAGAGGCGUAUGGGGUGGACGACGGAAGUGUCGUGACCUGGUCCACGGAGCCGCCAAAAUUUAAAAGAAGAUAUUCAAAGGACGGCGAGGCGAACCCCUACGCUGUGAAAUCAAGGCCGGGCUCGACGGAGGUGUCCCUGCUGACGCGCGACGACGAGGAGGAGUCCUUCAAGCCUACCGACGCGGGCAUGGCGGCGGCGCUGGGGUUCAUGGUGUAAUGCUUUUGUGUGAUA